AUGUGCUCUUUCGUGCGAGUAGGGUCCCCCAAAGGGUUGGGGCCCUCCAAGGGAUUGGGAUCUUCCCCCCAGCCAGGUACAGCUUACCCCUUAGAGAGGGGUGCCCCUGGAGGAAUGAGGGUGUCUGAGAGGAAUUCUCCCCUGAGCAUGGAGGUGGGGCUCGCCCAGGAAGGAAAGGAUGUCUUAGGAGAGAGGAGGGUCUUCGUGGGAACAAACUCUCCCACGGAGUUGGGGCUCGGAGUGGGAUUAGGAAGAGAAGGUUCCCCAUGUAGUAAUAAAUAUGAGGACAGGAUGGCAUCACUGAAAACAAAAUCUCCAUCAAGCAAGAAGCUUGAAAUAGGGUUAAAAAGACAGAAUAUUUCUGGGACCUUCAUGGAGGGGAGUAAUUUAGGAGUCAGCAGGGUCUUAGGCUCACAGGAAACAAAACCUUCUCUGAGAAUGUUGCCAGGAGGAGUGAGUUUAGAAGGUGAGUGUUUUCUGGCAGGGUGUUCUCCUGGAAGGGUAACACAGCCUUCACUGGGCAGGGUGUGUGAAAGUCCACAGACUCUAGGAAGCAAGAAACGUCCUGUGGCUGGUGACCCGGAAGGGUCAGAGGCUCCUGUGGGGAAGCAGCCUGCUCCGGCUAUGGAACCCAGACAGGAACUGGAAAGAGAGUCCACGUGUGUGGUGACGAAGCCCAGCGCAGAGAUGGAGCCUCCUGUGGAGGUGGACACGGGGCUUCCGCGACCAGAGGAGCCAGAUGACACUAAGACUACAGAGCCCCAAAUGGGCUUGGUGAUAGAACCUCCCGGGUGCCAGUGUGCCCAGCAACCUGAAGAACAAAAAGAGGCUGCAAAUAUUGAACCAGGAGUCGAACCUCCAGAUCGCAUCAGACCCAUAUACUCUGGCAAGUUUUUUGAUCGGAUGCCUUGUUGGCCAAGUGCAGGAAAAGUUCUUCCGAUUGGGUACAGAGUUGCAAGCUGCUUGACUGAAAAACUUCCCAGGCCAGUGACCCCACCUGAGGCAAAAAAAUUUUUCAACUUCAGAUAUCCACCUGCUGGAGCCGAAAGAGUAUUUUACGGCAGAGCAAAUGAUCCUCAAAUCGCACCUUGUUUGACACACGGCAUAAGAUCUAAAAUUUCAAUACCGGCAAAGGUAUUGAUAAACCCACAGCCAAUUACAACAUUUCAACAGAAAAUUAAAGAUAAAAAGGAAUCAGUAUAUUUUAGCAGUCGACGAGCACCGCUGGGAAAAUCUCACGAUCAGACGCCGGGAUUACCCAAAGGCCUGGAUACACUCAAUACGACGUUUGGGACAGCAGUCGUCAGAGGAUUAUCCGCUAAAGAUGUGGUGAAUCCACCAAAAUCCUAUAAAGAAGUAUUUGAAGAAGGACAGGAAGGACACGACCUGUAUAUUGUUUCUCACAAUGAUUAUUAUGUAGGAGAAGCAAAGAACCGAAAGUAUAACCCAUCAAGUUUUCAUAGGUUUAACUUGUAUGGGGUCCCAACACCACAUUUUAAUGAUGGACGAAACAUGGCAAAAACGUUAUAUUGGCUUCAGGAACUACAAAUGAAAAGAGGAGCUAAGAUCGUAUCCAAGAAAGUUGAUGAUUUCAAAGAAAAGUUUCAACAUAAGCUUGGAAGAGUUUUAGAUCCCAUUGCAGAAACAAUGAACGUUCCCCCAGACCACACAUUUGGGGCUUGUCUCCAUCCGGACGAGUAUGGAGCCGGUGAUCUCAUCCACAGAAGACUUCCCGGUGAGUAUCUCCGAGGCAAGGACAGACAGCGAGCCCUGGUCGCGGCAGUGAGACAUCACUUCAAGAAGGUUAACUACCAAAACUUUGACACUUUGCUGGCAGCCUUCAGGCACUACGACAAGAAAGGAGAUGGGGCGAUAGAUAAAGCUGAGCUUCGGGAAGCUUGUGACCAGGCCUGCUUGCACUUGGAUGAGAAGCUCCUGGACCAGCUAUUUGAGUACUGUGAUGUGGAUAAUGAUGGGCUGAUUAAUUACCUAGAAUUUGCAAAUUUUCUCACCUGGAAAGAUAAAACCCGCCUUAAAGAGUAUGAAGAGAGGGUCAUUAUUAAAGGUAGAAAGUCAGAUUGUGCAAACCCUGCUGAGGCUAAUGUAGAAGAAUCUGAACCAGCUCUCCUGAUAAAAUCUGAAGAUAUUGUCUUCAAAGAACCAGGGAGCUCAGAAAAGACUGUCCGGACACUUCUGAGGCCAAGCGAUAAAGUUUCUAAUCACUACAAGACAACCUCUUCGGAGAUCAGCGCAGUGGUAGGAGCUGUUCCUUCUACUUGUCAUCCCAUCUAUGGCAUCCCAACCAUUCGGUCCGAUAUCCCUGCCCCCCGAAUUCGCCGCAUCAGUGACAGAACUAAUUAUGGCGAAGAUGGAAAUGCCUAUUCAUUACUACACCCUACCAUCUUCAGCCAGAAGGGAGUGUUUGAAAGAGACUUCUUCAAGACCAGAUCAAAGAAAGAGAUUGCCGAGAUACUAUGUAACAUUGGGGUCAAGCUUUCUGACGACGAAUUUGAAAAUGUAUGGAAUCUUGCAUCAAAAAAACAUCACAGAGGAGAAGUUUGUGUUGAGAACAUCAGAAAUGUUCUGGAUGAGCUACUGCAUGCAGACCGGACCAAGUGCAAAACAGCCACGUGACCUUUUUGGAGUUCUUGCAUUUACACAAAACAAAUCCAUGUUCAUCUAAAAUGUUCAGUUCAUUCUGGUUUUCGAUAUUAUGUUAUAAUUCAGCAAUCACCAUGGGAGGGCUCAUAUGCCUGGAUGGUUUGCUAAAAAAUUAUAGAUUUUGGAUUUUAAAAUUUAUUUUAUUGUUUCCUAUAAAACACCAAAGAAGUUGACAACUUGGUGCUUGGAGUUAGCCUUUAACCUCACCAAAGGCACAGUUCAGAAUGCUACUAGAAGUUUGUAAUGUUCCGUAUGCUUAAGAAUUCCACGCAUUUUAGUUCGCUGCCUGAAAUUCAAAGUCUGGCUUGUGAUAUCAGGUUCACAAAAUUUUGCCUUCAAUACUUUGUCAUGUUUCUCUUUAGGUGUCACUGUGACACAGCGUACGUUUGAAGGGCUUUUUAGUCUAUCAUCCUCUGAGGAAAACGGAUUUAAUCACAAGGAGCGGAGUUUAGAGAGCAGAAACUGGAGUUCCAACAACGACGUAAUUGCCAGUAGCUUUUAACAUCCUUCUGUGGCCAGAAAAGCAUAUUUCCUUGUAGUGUCUGAAGAGGACACAGCUGCCCACGCCGUUAGAUGGAGCUCUCGAGAGUUAUUAGUAGCAAACUGUGCUGCAUCAUUCCUGCUCUCUAGCCCUGGCUCUUUGAUAAACAAAUGUGAUGCCCGGGCCAGGAUGAGAUGGGGACAGUUGGGGGGGGGUGACCCCAACCCCAUGUCUUCUGUGUAACGAAGAGGACCAGUGUGGGUUGAAUCCAUGACCAAAGCUUUCUCAGUAAUAUCACAUGAUUAACUGAAUGAUCAAUAACAUUUAUCUUACCAGUAUUUCUCUGUGAUAGACCUUGACCUUUUGUUUGUUUGUUUUUUUGUCUAUUACUAUAAAAAAUUACUCUUUAACUUAGAUAUUGGGUUAUGCCAUAGUCUAUUACUUAAAAGAAAAAAAUAACUACGGUUUAAAAAAUUGCUUUACUCAAACCCUAGAAAAAAUUUAUAAUCUAUUUAUCUUAUAGGUAAUUUAUAUUAAAAAUUUUAACUUUUUAUUAUGCAAUGAUUCCAGACUUACAGAAGAUUUGCACAAUUAGCACAAAGAAUUAUGCAGGGGUAGGUUGAAGGCUACUCUUGCUGUCCACUCAGGUCAACUGUGGGCCUUUCUUCCCAGCACUGCAUCCGUGACCCCACACUGGUGGUCUGAGACCAUCAGUCAAUAGAUGGAUGGUUUGAAACCAGUUGUAGUGGGAGUAUGUACACUAAGGAAACCAACAAAUGCUACAGAUUAAGGAUCCCCCCUCCCCAAAGAGCCAGUUGUUAAACAUUUACAAGCACAUCUACAUCUAUACCUCCAUCUAUCUAUCUAUCCAUCCAUCCAUCCAUCCCUCCAUCCAUCCACAUCAUCUGUCUAUUCAUCCAUCUAUUGACAAGGACAGGCUCCUUGACCAAACUUUGGUUAGGCUCUUUAGAACCCUCUUCUCACUCAGCCCCUGACCUUGGGUUUCUGUCUGUCCUUCCUGGGCUUGCACUGCCCACUUAGAGCAAGAAUCUCGCUAUGUCAUUCUGCACAGACUCCUCCCACUGAUGAUACCUCAUUACCCUCCAUAGCCAAUCAAAUUCCUCAUCCCUCAUCUUGGAUGUAUCAAAUGUUGGCCUGCUUUUAUCAAGAACUACUGUUACAUAAGCUUAGGAGCAUUCCUCCUACCCUUGAUGUCUCUGCUUAAUAAUUUUCCAUCCAGCGACCUCCCUUGGCUACCAAUCCCCUUUUCCCUUGUUGUACUAAAAAAUGAGCCCAGUUCUGUACCAAGGUCUUGUUCCCCCUAUUGCAUCUGUCUUUUGCUGUUUUAACAAAUGUCCAGAUCUGUCUUCUUUAACGCCAUCCAUCCGUCCAUCCAUCUAUCUGUAACAAUGAAUAAAGGAAAACCUCCUUCAAAAUGGACUCAGGAAGCUCUGAAGGGGGAACGCUCAUGAACAUCCCGCUCUUUGCAGCUUGCCUCGCAUGCCCCAGCAGGAAGAAGGGAGGUUUUCUCCUUGCCCAGCAACAACCCAGCCAAUGAGAAGUUGCCACAACUGUGAACUCUCAC